CUCAUUCCUCCAUCUCCCAUCUAUCCAGCUCACGACUACACUCACAUUGGUUACGAUAUAAUUACCCUCUCUGGCCAUAAGGUGACUGCACUCCCAGUUCUCGCCAUUGCAUCCUUAGGCCAGGCACAAGGCAGACCCAGCAACCGCGGCAGGCAGCUCGGCUUUGCUUCACCUGGCGGCGAGCCCCUCCUGUCGGACCCCUCCUUGCACGGUCUUCUGCCUUAGAAUUUGCACUGCAAAGCCAAAGCCUGAACUUGCUACCUCCUGGUUGCCGUCGCCUUCGCAUAUGUAGAUUUCUCAGCAAGGGCUAUCGCGCACUGCAGUUUCGACACCUAAUUUAUCAACUGAUGCUUAGCCGGGUAUCUUCUGUUACAUCGCCUCAUCCGCAAGCCCAUCAAUCACGAGGCAGCCGUCAUGGAUCAAUCCAUAAUUCGCAUCUCCAAGGAGCUCAGCGACAUCCAGAAAGGCUCGGAUCUAGCUAUUGCAGUCGCUUGCCGUGAUGUCGAUGUCCGCAACGUCAGAGCGCUCGUCAUGGGCCCGCAUGAGACUCCUUACGAAUUCGGCUUCUUUGAAUUUGCAAUAAGAUUUAACAAAGAGUAUCCGUCAAAAUCACCCAGUGUUCAAUGCAUCACUACAAAUGGAGGGCGUUGCCGAUUCAACCCCAACAUUUAUUCAAGUGGGAAAGUUUGUUUGUCAAUCUUGGGCACUUGGAGAGGAGAACGUGGUGAAGAGUGGUCAUCAGCACAGGGACUUGAGUCGAUCUUGCUAUCAAUACAGAGCUUAAUGUCAGCAAAUCCUUAUGAAAAUGAACCAGGUUUUGAGGAUGCGAAUACACCAUCUGAUAAGCUAGCACAAAAACAUUACGUCCAAAAGAUACGACAUGAAACUUUGAGGAUAUCUAUUAUCCAGCGCCUGGAGUCCUACUUAGGACUACAAGCUAAUGGCAGCAGCGCGCCCUCUGACAGUCUAGACUCUAACAGCUUUGAUUACGAAGACUUGGACGAAUCAAACGUCCCAUUUGAGCCAUUCAAAGAUCUAUGCAAACGCAAAUUCCUUUGGUAUUACGAUUCAUAUAUGGCUGCUGUGGCACAAGGCAAAUCCGAAGUGGAAGAUUUGCAGCCAUUUGUCAGGAUGCCAUUUGAGUCUCCCAACACUAAUUCCAUGGAUGGUCGCUUCAAUUAUACGGAACUUGAACGCCGGCUCAAAGCAAUCAAAGCGGCGCUCGACGCAGAAACGCUUCGCUGGGCAGAAGAAGGGCGCACCUCGAAGGCAGGGGAGUCAACCGUUGCCGUCAAUUUGCAGCAUCAAUUUGACCAAGUGUCGGCCUAUCUGAAACGCGGCGAUAUGCCCCACAGCGUCGUCCUUGAAAACGGCAACCCUUUCGUCUGGUUGAUUACCUACUUUGGAAGGCCGAUGACGAAUCUCGACGGUGGGCUUUUUCGCAUCAGGAUGAGCUUCAGCACUCGAUUCCCAAAUGAACAACCGCGUGUCAAGUUUGAAACUAAGAUAUUCCAUCAUCAUAUUGCGGCCGAUGGAACAGCGUGCUACACACCUAACCCAAUGAAGAUGGAGGACGUCAAGUCUCAUAUCGAGGCUAUCUUUGAAACCCUAGAAGAAGAUGAGCCCGCCUAUGACCCUAGGAAGAUUGUCAAUCCUGAAGCAACAAAAAUGUUUUGGGGUAACAAGCCAGACGAUAAGAAACAGUAUAACCGCCGUCUGCGGAGAUCAGUGCAGCAGAGCAUGGAGGAAUUCCCCGAGUGACGAGUUUUUUCACUAUUAUGAGGAUCAAGCAAAAUUCAGCGUAACACACCAUUGCUUUUCUUUUUCUUAUACCAUGAUGCAUCUCACGCAAGGACUUGGCGGCGUUUAAACCUUUCCUUUCUCUUCUUCGUUUAUUAUGUUUCACUGUUUUCUGUUUCCUUUUCUCUUUACUAGUCGGAUGGGCAACUGGGUAUUGCGGUGUACUUGGCGACUAAGGGGCGUUUUAAACCUUCAUUCAAUACACCUAGAUGGCCUGGGAGAGGGUGGGGUGAAGCGACCAAAUUGAUAACUAAGAUUUGUGGCGCACGCUGGAUUGGCAAAAUUGCAACUAGUUAUAGCUUUAGGAGCACAAUUAUAGUAUUUGUCUUGAAUUCUAAAGAGCUCAGGUACAUGACACUUUUAAAAUACUAUAACUG